UCGAGCCCGCCAACGACAGCGACUUCGACAAUCCCCCCCCCCAACUUCCUGUCCUCGUCGACGCAGAUAUUCGCUGCUACCGCAAUAAUGGCCGACGCUCCCGUUACCCUGCGGACUCGCAAGUUCAUCCGCAACCCCCUACUUGCUCGUAAGCAGAUGGUCGUUGACGUCCUCCACCCCAACCGCGCCAACGUCUCCAAGGAUGAGCUCCGCGGCAAGCUCGCCGACCUGUACAAGGCCAACAAGGACCAGGUCUCCGUCUUCGGCUUCCGUACGCAAUACGGUGGUGGCAAGAGCACUGGCUUCGCCCUCGUCUACGACUCCCAGGAAGCCCUGAAGAAGUUUGAGCCUCACUACCGUCUCGUCCGUAUCGGUGCUGCCGAGAAGAUCGAGAAGCCCAGCAGACAGCAGCGCAAGCAGCGCAAGAACCGCUCCAAGAAGUUCCGCGGUACCGCCAAGACCAAGGGCCCCAAGAAGUCCAAGAACUAAGCGCGCCCUCGACCUGUCGAAUUCUGAUGGAUAUGGAUCGGAUGGGAAGGAUUGUUGGUUGCGGCCAGGGGCUAGUGCUAAAGCUAUUGAUGAUAACCCUGUGGUGGUGAUUGAGCGAUUCGCAUUCGCAUAUGCGAUACACCAUACCAUACUAAAGCUAUGUAUGCUAUGCUAUGCAAAUAUAGUUAUCAUGCCAUGACGAUGACAGGGGGCAACCGCAUCAAUCACAAUCAAAAGAAACAAAAAAAAUAUCAAAUUUGAGAUUUGGGGGUUCUGGAUUCUUAUAUCUCAUCUUUUCUACUUUAUUUUGUUUCCGGGCUGGUGGAUGAAAAAUGUUUCUUUAUAACUCUGGGAUUUACACAUUAUUUACAUCGGUGCUUUUACUAUACAAGGGUUUGUUCCUGUUUUUCUUUUUC